AUGAAGGGCCAGGUGCUCUAUGAGAAACGGCAAACCAAAGAUGGCCACGUGGCGAUUCUCACCAUGGACAACAAGCCCGUGAAUGCCUUGUCCGAGGGUGUGCGCGUGGGUUUGGACAAGUGCGUCAAGGAUUUGGUGGCGGAUCCCGAGAUCACAGCGGCGGUUUUGACAGGGGCCAGUGGCGUCUUCUGCGGAGGUGCAGACAUUAGCGAGUUUGCCACCGGCUUGAAUGGACCCAGUUUGCCUCAAGUCAUCUCCGUCAUGGAGAAUUCCUCCAAGCCCAUCGUGGCAGCAGUGGAUGGCCUUGCUCUGGGAGGCGGCUUUGAAGUGGCCCUGGGUUGCCAUUGGAGAUUGGCCAGCACACGAGCACAAGUUCCUGGGCGCAAGCGGCGCAAGGUUUCCAUGUGUUGUUCUUUCUGUUUGGCGGCUGUCAGAAGCGAUAAAGAGAAGUCACGAAAGGAGAAGAGUGUGGAUUUCAUGUGCCGCGGGGCUCCCAUGAAGGCUCAGAAAGCCAAAGAGGUGGGCCUCUUCGAUGAAGUCAUUGAGGGUGACCAUGCAGCAGUGCUUCAGGCCUGCGUUGACUUCGCCCUGUCCAAGACUUCUGUCGACCUCGACGCGCGGCGCCUGGGGCAAGGCAAGGCGCAGGGCGGCGACAUCUCCAAGAAACGACAGGAGUACAACAAACUACGAGCAGGAGAAGCUGCACCACAAGCGAUCAUCACUUGCAUUGAAGCCGCCGUGAGCAAAGACUUUAAGGAUGGCAUGAAGGUGGAGUUCCAAGAGUUCUGUAAAUUGAUGACUGGAUCCCAGGCACAAGCUUUGCAGUAUAUGUUUUUUGCGGAGCGGCAGUGUCAAAAGAUUCCAGGAGUUGCUGGUGCCGUUCGUCCGCAUCAGCUGAAGUGCUGCGGCAUUGUGGGUGCUGGGCUGAUGGGCGGAGGCAUCGCGAUGGCUUGCGCUGAAGCUGGCAUGAAGGUCGUUCUGUUGGAUCGGGACGAAAAGAACUUGGAGCGUGGCAUCAACGUCAUUAAGAAGAACUACGCCAGGAGUGUGGACAGAAAGUCCAAAUCCCAGGUGCAAGUGGAUGAACUCCUGUCGAAACUCAGUGGCAGCACAUCCUACGAAGCACUGGCUGACUGCGACAUUGUCGUGGAGGUAGCUCAAGUGAAGGAGCCUCCGGUUGAUGAUUGUUGUGGUCUGGAUGAUGCCAUUGCUGCAAUGGUAUCCAUGUCCGUGCAUCGUAGGAAGCAGCGAAGCAACGCCAUGUUGAUUCGCGUCACGCUGCUCAGUGGGCGCAGUACCAGCUUUGAAGUCACGUCCAAAUACCGCACGGUUGAUGAUUUGCGGCGAAAGGCGCAGGAGGAAUUUCAACUUGGACUUCGAUGCUUAGUGACUGAAGAUGGCUGCGAAUUGGAAGGCCAGCGACGCUGCGAGGAGAUCCUGUCCGAGAACUUGACGUUUUACGCUUGUGCACGGAGUCCGCAACUUUGUUCUUCGUUCAUUUGCCCUGCCUUUGCUUUGUUGAAAUCUUCUGGCACCGUGGUUGCUUGGGGCAAUCCAGAGCGCGGCGGGGAUGCCACGAAGGUGCAGAGUCAGCUGUAUGACAUCCAGCAAAUCAGUUGCAGUUCCGGCGCCUUCUGCGCGCUCCGUGGUGAUGGUCAUGUGGUCACCUGGGGCGCGGCUGACUUGGGCGGACGGAUACCGCGGCUGGUGCGAGAGAAGCUGCUGGGGGUGAAGGAGGUGCAGGCGUCGCAAGGCGCUUUCGCAGCAUUGCUGCACGACGGCUCCGUGGUCACCUGGGGCGACGUGGAUUACGGUGGCGAGUCGCAGGUCUACAAGGAGGAACUUCAAGACGUGCGUGCUCUGCGUUCCUCUUUCUCCCUGUUUGCUGCCAUUUGUGGUGACGACCGACAUGUUGUGACAUGGGGAAAUUGCAGCGUCAUUGCAGGGCAUCGCACCGGUUUGCAUCCCAGUCUUCGACACGUGCGAAAUCUGGUGUGGUCCGGCUACGCUUUCGCUGCCAUCACUGAGGAUGGUCAAGUUUCUACCUGGGGUCUCCCCACAUGUGGCGCGGAUCUUCCGCCCGACGUCCAGGGCCAGCUGUACGAGGUCCGGCAGCUGGCGGCUUCGCAUGCGGCCUUUGCAGCUGUCAGGAAGGAUGGCCAGGUCAUCACCUGGGGCAGUCCGGACUUCGGAGGUGACUGCAGUGAGGUGCAGCCUUUGUUGCGCGAAGUGCAGUAUCUGGUGGCGUCCAGUCGAGCGUUCUGCGCUGUGAAAGCGGAUGGGUCAGUGGUGACCUGGGGAAUGGAAAGUCAUGGUGGCUGCAGCAGUAGUGUCCAAAGCCAGCUACAUUCGGUACAGCAAGUGGUGGCCACCAGUCGAGCUUUCGCAGCCUUGAGAACAGAUGGUGAGGUGAUCACCUGGGGAGCUGCCAACUAUGGGGGUGACCGUCAGGAAGUAGAGAGCCAACUGAAAGAUGUACAGCAGUUGAGUUCUUCUCAUGGUUCCUUUGCCGCGAUCACUGCCUCCGGCCACUUGCUAACGUGGGGCCUGCCCCUGAGUGGCGGCGGUAUGCAGAUGCACAUCGAUGGUACAUGACACCAGAUCGUAUCGCUUGUUGCAGGUUGAUGCUGCCCAAAAGAGAUCUGGUUGGUGGUUUGGAAC